AUGACGGCCAAAAAUCAAGAAGCUUCUAUCAAGAACAUGGAAAGACAAAUAGGCCAGCUCUCUAAACACUUUGCAACAGAGAGACCAUCAAGUUCACUACCAAGUGACACAAUUCCAAAUCCUAAGGAAGAGUGUAAGGCAAUACAGUUAAGAAGUGGGAGAACAUUGAUGAGCAACAAUGAAACUACAAGGAAGCAAGUGGAGAGCAGCAAAAAGCCAACAGAUACAGAGGAAGCCAAUGAUCAAAAUAUGGUGCCAAACAAGAGCACAGAGAACCCCAAAAGAAAAGAAGACCAACCAAUCAAUAUACAUGAGGGAGAGGAAGAAGCACAGAAAAAGGAGAAAGCCUUCAUUCCUCCGCUGCCAUAUCUACAGAGGUUCAACAAAGAAACCAAAGAUCAACACUUCCGCAAAUUCCUGGAAACUUUCAAGAAGCUGGCAAUCAACAUUCCCCUGGCUGAGGGGAUCCCACCAAAGCAUAAAGAUCCAGGAAGUUUUGUAGUUGCUUGCACCAUAGGCAAAAUGACAUUAGACAAGGCUCUUUGUGAUCUCGGAGCUAGUAUCAACCUAAUGCCCCUGUCUAUGAUGAGGAAGCUGGCUAUAGAAGAACUCAAACCCACCAGGAUGUCACUAGUCAUGGCUAAUAGAUCGACUAAGACACCCAAUGGAAUUGUGGAAAAUUUGUUAGUGAAAGUUGGGGAGAUUAUCUUCCCUGCAGACUUUGUAAUUUUGGACAACGAAGAGGAAGGAAACAAUUCAAUCAUCUUGGGAAGGCCAUUUUUAGCAACCGCAAGAGCUAUAAUUGAUGUGGAAAAAGGGGAAAUGAUCUUCAGAGUACACAAUGAGAAAAUGGUCAUAAAUGUCUUCAAGUCAAUGCAACACCCCCCUGAACAAGAAGAUUACUUAAGGGUGGACAUGAUAGAAAACCUGGUAGAAGAAAUGUUAGAAGCCAAUCAUCAUGAACAAGAAGAGGAAGGUGGUCAAGAGACAACAAAGGAGCAGGCAGCUGAAAUUUCUACCAACCAAAAGGCGAAGCCAGACAAGAAAGAAGAAGUGCAAAAAUAA